AUGCCUUCCCUCUACUGCUCUCUUCUCCUGCUCACCCUCGGCGCGUUAAGCGUCAACGCCGGCGUUGUCCUCCGCAGACAGGACCUCGACCCCGAGUCCUCCGUGUACAAGCUGCUUGCCAGCAACAGCACCAUCUCCCUCCCCGACCUCUCCGUGCCCCUCGUCAACACGACCACCACCGAUGUCCGUGGCGACGUCCCAGACACCACAGACCUCACAACCGACGUCCUCUCCGUCACCACCUCCGCCGUCACGGCUUCCGACGUUUCCGCGACCAACACCUUCCUUUUUUCCGUGACGCUGCCGGUGUUUUUGGCGGCGAAGGCGGUGGGGGUCCCAACGACGCUCGACUGGACGGAUGAUGGGUGCAGUUACUCGCCGGAUUAUCCUGCUGGGUUCAACUUUCUGAGCUCGUGCAAGAGACACGACUUUGGGUAUCGUAACUUCAAGGCGCAAAGCAGGUUCACGGAGGCGAAUAGGCUGCUCAUUGAUGAUAACUUGAAGAAGGAUCUGUAUAAUGAGUGUGGAACAUACGGCUGGGUCCAGCGGGAGAUCUGCGAGGGGAUUGCGGAUGUGUAUUAUGAGGCGGUGAGGGCGUUUGGCGGGUUGUAG